CGGGCACCCUUCCCGGUCAGCCGACCACCAAUGGCACGUUCAUGGAGUCUAGAUGAACUUAGCGCUGGAAUUAGGUUGAUCGGACCGGGGAAGAAAAAGGAGGAUCGGGGGCCGAAUCAUCAUCAGGAUCGCCCCUGACAGUUGAAGUCACAUCAAGAAACAUCGCUUACCUAAGACAGGCGGCACAGCACAAAGCUCCUUACCCCCUCCUAGCCUGUCUACCGUCUUUCCACCCUCACUUUUCACUUCUUUCAACCAAGGUUCGCUCGACUCAUGGUCAGCAAAUACAACUUCAUACAACUCCUUCUCUAGAACCCAUCAAAGCCGAGGCUGUUCCAGGCAACGUUGCUAGGAUCUUAGACCACAACGCAAAGACGAGAUGCCGACCCUUGAACAAGUCGAGUAUUCGGAGGAGGCCACCGUCGCCGCCGUGACCGACUUCUUUGCCUUCCUGACCAAGAUGUACCUUCCCGAGUCAGCUGUCGUUCACCCGCCGCCAGGAGGGUGGCCGACGUUGGCCUCUGAUCUACAAGAGCUGGGGAAGUCGGACGAGGUGCUGAGCCUGCUUUCGCACCUGCCGUACGUCCGCCAAGAUGAUCUCGACGACAGCGAGAUACCGCAAGUCACUCCUGGAGGCCGUUGGAUAGACUGGCGCACGUACGGGACCUGGGUACGUGAGGGCGGCAGCGACAUUGACGAGCUUCGCACCAUCACCGAGGGCCCCGCCAUCAUGGACAACGUGCCCGAGCACGUCGUCGGGCUGACGAUGAGCGAGCACCAUGUCUUUUUGAUUGACACGGAGCUUGGCGUCGUCUACUGGCCUGAGUGUCCCGGCCGGCUCCGCGACGGACCCCGGUGCAUCGAGAACGACCCGUACGACUACUGCGACGACGAAGACGACGCAGAGUGGCGUGCCGACGGCGCUGCUUGGUCUGUCGCCGACUUCUUCAAGGUGCUCAAGGCCGAGUACCGCUUGCUGCGCUGGGUGCCGUGGAACGAGUACGAGGUUUUGGAUUCGGAGAGCACGAUGGCGAGGAAUCCUGUUCCGGCGCUUCAGGAGGUUUUCAGACGUCACGGCUGGCCUCAUUCGCCACAGUAUCGCAAGGAGGAGUGCCUCGAGGAGACGAAGGCGGCCAAGGCUGCAACGGAACAGGGAGGGGAUGAGGGGGGGGACGGCGCUUAGAGUUAAUGUGAAUAAGGUGUGUUCGCUUGCGUGGUAGGCAUGCUUUGAAGGAGCCGAUUCGUUACCGAGUUUGACCGUUUAUACAGUACUUUGAUAGGGGUCUACUGGGGAGUGAUCCUGCGGGAAAAUGACAAACGGCCAGGCCAAAAAGUUGCUACAGGGAGGUUGAGCUUAUUAGUCUUACAUGCUUGAUUGUUGUCGCAUUCUUAAUUUGUUCCUGAAUCCUGGGGCGCAACGUCGGGUAGUACUCGCGGUCUUGGCGAACUGGUUCAGAAUUCCGCCCCCAG